UUUUUUAAUUCUUAACAAAGAUCUUUAUAUUCAUAAAUGACUAAUCGUUCUUCUGCUCAUGCAGCAGAUAUCAUUAUUGAUUACGAAGAGGACUCUUAUAGAAAGCAAACACAAGAAUUCUUCCAUGAUUUACCCCACAAUAUCCAACAAUACAUUAUAAACUUAUUUCCUAUCGCUAGUUGGAUCCACCGUUAUAAUCUUCAAUGGCUUCUUCGUGAUUUAAUCGCUGGUGCCACUGUUGGUGUUGUCAUUGUUCCUCAAAGUAUGGGUUAUGCUAAAAUUGCUCAACUCUCUCCUCAAUACGGUCUUUACACUGCUUUUGUUGGUCUCUGUGUUUAUUGUUUAUUCGCCACAUCUAAAGAUAUUAGUAUUGGUCCCACUGCUGUUAUGUCAUUACUCGUUGGUCAAACUGUCACUCGUAUUACUUCUGUUCAUGAAGACAUCACUGGUCCUGAAAUUGCUGUUGCCUUGUCAUUAUUGACCGGUGCUAUUGCCAUGUUUAUCGGGCUUGUACGUCUUGGUAUCGUUGUCGAUUUCAUUCCCGCUCCUGCUAUUGCUGGUUUCAUGACAGGUUCAGCUAUUACUAUUUCUAUCGGUCAAUUUCCUAAGCUUUUUGGUAUCAAGACUGUCAACACACAAGAUUCAUCUUACCUUAUUUUUGGAAACUUCUUUAAACACUUGCCUGAUACCAAACUCGAUGUUGCAUUCGGUUUAAGUGCUCUUGUUUGGUUAUACGGUGUUCGCUUUGCCUGUCAAUAUCUCACUAAGCGUUAUCCCAAGUAUUCUACUACGCUCUUCUUUAUCAGUAUUAUGCGUAAUGGUGUUCUUGUUGUCUUUGCUACCUUGAUUGCAUUCUUGAUGAAUAUUGGCAAAUCUGUCUCUCCCAUUAGUAUCUUAAAGACUGUACCCCCUGGAUUCCAAGCUAUGGGUGUUCCCGCAGUCUCUACUAAUCUUGUAUCUGCUGUUGCUAGUUCUUUACCUUCUGGUGUUGUUAUUUUAAUUCUUGAGCAUGUUGCUAUUUCCAAGUCUUUCGGUCGUAUUAACGAUUAUACUAUUGACCCCAAUCAAGAAAUUAUCGCUAUUGGUUUUACUAACAUUUGGGCUUCUUUCUUCGGUGCUUAUCCUUCCACUGGUUCUUUCUCCCGUACUGCUAUUAAAGCCAGAUCCGGUGUUAAGACCCCCAUUGCCGGUAUCUUUUCUGCUAUUAUUGUUUUAUUAGCUCUUUAUGCUUUAACCCCUGCUUUUUACUUCAUUCCCGAUGCCACACUUGCUGCUGUUGUCAUUCAUGCUGUUGCCGAUCUUGUCUCUGGACCAUCCUACAUUAAACGUCUUGCCAAAAUCUCUCUUUGGGAGCUUUUUGUCUUUGUAGCUGGUGUGAUUAUUACUUUCUUUACCACCGUCGAAUACGGUAUUUAUGCUUCUGUCGGUCUCUCUAUCGUCAUUCUUUUAGUCCGUAUUGCUCGUCCCAAAUUCUGGAGUCUCGGUCGUAUUCCUCUUUCUUCUUCCACCGGUACAAUUCAAACAUCCAACGAAAAAUCCGAUCUUAUCGAACAACAAAACUAUCUUUAUGUUCCCCAAAACCAUCCUUCUCUUGGAAAGCUCGUGGAAGAUCUCCCAGCUGGUAUCUUGAUGUGUCGUAUUGACGAGUCUUUUACCUAUCCCAACUCCAGUUAUAUUGCUGAUCGUAUCAUUGCUUACUGUAAGGAGCAUACACGUCGUGCAAACGUUGUUCUUAGCAAAGGUGAUCGUGCCUGGAACGAUGAUGCUAAUCCUGUUCGUGAUGCAGCCCGUGCCAAUCUUCCCCGUCUCCAUGCCUUGAUUAUUGAUUUCGCCUCUGUCAACCGUCUUGAUUCCAGUGGUCUCCAAGCUAUUGUGGAUGCUCAAAAUUCCUUAAACCGUUAUGCUGGACAACAUGUUGAAUUCCAUUUCUCAAACAUUCUCCAUCCUGCCAUUCGUAAGUCUCUCAUUGUCUCUGGUUUUGCUAAUCAACCUCGUGCUGGUUUUGACGAUGAGCAUGAAGCCAAUGAAAAAGAAAUUUUGCCUAUUGUUCCUGCCUCCAGAGACGGGCCUGUUCAACGCCACCAAACUAAUCACACCAGUACUUCCACUACUGGCGAUGAUAUCGAAGAAGCGGUCGAAACACAUUAUGCUCAAGAUAACAAGGAAGGCAAGACAUUUAAUUCUUCGGAUGAAGAGUCUGUUACCACUGCUCAUUCAAUUUAUCUCCCCCGUGAUCGUUAUCCUUUCUUCCAUUGGAGUGCUGAUGAAGCUGUUCGAACCGCUUCAAGAAGUAUCAUCAACCGUCCUGAAGAAAGUUCCACUGUUGCCGUCGAUCAUGCUGAACCUCAGCAUUAAAUUUCAACCUUCCACCCCACUCAUUUUUUUCUGUUCUUUACAAUCUUUUAUUAUAUCACUACUACUACUUAAUCCACUUGUACUCUAAACAAGAAAUGUACUUUUAUUCUAUACAUACAUUCACACUAUUUGCAUAUCUUAAAUAAAUCUUUAUUAUUAUUUUCAAUUC